GCGUAAGACAGCUGCAAUUGACGUAGACUCGCAAGGCAGGACUGCACGGAAGCUUGUGAAGCGAUAGAAAUCGUCAAUUUGCUGCGUGUCAACGAUCUCAAGCGACAGCGGGUUGCCCCGGCGCCUCCUUGCUCAGUACUAAGGCCUGGGGCAAUGAAAAGAAUAUGGCUGUUUGCCGGCGCGGUGGCGGCCGCGCUGACCCCGCCGUUACCGCAGGGUGCACGGACCACCCGCAUGCAGGCGCAGAACACAAAACAGGACGACCCGCGCCGCCGCAAGACGCCCGAGCUCUUCGACGAGGUGAAGGGCCCCGGUAUAACCUUGAGGCAAAAACCGGAGGUCAUGGCGCCCGCCGGCGGCUGGCCGCAGCUCAAAGCAGCCGUACAUAACGGCGCCGACGCCGUCUAUUUUGGUUUAUCGACGUUCUCCGCGCGGGCCCGGGCCACGAACUUCGAUCCGGGUGCGGAGUUGGACGAGGUCAUCGCGUACUUACGCGAAAAUGAAGUGAAGGGUUAUGUGGCGUUAAACACGCUCGCCUUCGACAAGGAGCUCGACGAGAUCGAGCGCUUACUAAGGAGGUGCUCCGAGGCUGGGGUGGAUGCCGUGAUUGUGCAGGACGUGGGCGUCAUGGCGCUGGCGCGAGAAGUUGCGCCCGAAUUACCUAUUCACGCGUCGACGCAGCAAUCCAUCUCGUCGGCGGACGGCGCCGAGUUCGCGCGGGAGCGGGGUGCUACGAGGGUCGUUGUCGGAAGGGAGCUGUCUACCCAAGAAAUCGCUUCUGUCGCGAGAGGGACGUCCGCGGAAGUGGAAGCGUUUGUCCACGGUGCGUUAUGCAUCUCCUGGAGCGGCCAGUGCCUCAGCAGCGAAGCCUGGGGCGGCCGCAGCGCGAACCGGGGCCAGUGCGCCCAGGCCUGUAGACUGCCCUAUGCGGUGGUCGUCGACGGUUCUAGGGAGGAGGGCCUCCAGUACGCGCUGUCGCCGGGCGACCUGUGCGGCCUCGACGACGUCCCCGCACUAAUUCAAGCGGGAGUCAGCUGUUUUAAGAUCGAAGGUAGGUUGAAGGACGAGCGCUACGUCGCGGCCACCACCAGAGCUUAUAGGGAGGCUAUUGAUGCGGUCUGGGACCAUUCCACAGAAGAUGAAACUGUGACCAGAAGUGACUUGAGGCAGGUCUUCGCGCGCGGGCAAGACAGUGAGAGAGAUGGCCUCACGCCCGGGUUUUUGAGAGGGCCCAAGCACCAAUCCCUCGUCGUCGGCAACGCGCCGCGGCACCGGGGCGUGCUAGCUGGGAGGGUCGUGGAGGUCUACCCGAAAAAACAGGGCUUGGAAUUGGUGGUGGAGCCCUCCGCAGCCAUAGAGUUGAACCCUGUGUGGAAAUCAAAUGUCGGAACGUAACUCACUGGUUGAUGUCCACACAGGCUGAAGCGGGGCGACGGCGUCGUCAUCGACUGCGGGCCGGACCACGCGCAGGACGAAGUGGGCGGUGCGUUGUACGACGUCGCUCCACUCAAUGACGGUCUUGUGAGAUUGACCUUCGGCCGGGAUGUAGCAUCGAAGCCCUGGUUGUCUGAAGGUGCUUUGCUCUGGCGCACGUCCGACAGUACCGUAGAUGCCAAGCUCAAGAGACUAGCAUCAUCAUCUUCAGUGAAGCGUACUUCCGUGGACGUGGCCGUCUCCGUACGCGACGGUCUGCUCACCGUGCAACUGACGGACGGCCAGCACUCCGUAGUAGAAGAUUUAGUAGUCGAGCCGCCGGCGACGCAGCCUCUGACCUCUGCCACGAUUGUGAAGGCGGUCGGGAGUCUGGGGGACACGCCCUGGCGCCUUGGUGGUGUGUCGGUCGAUAUUCAAGGAGACUGGUGGUGCUAUGCGGGCGACAUAAAACAGGCUAGGCGGCGGGCCGUCGAGUCACUGAAAAAGUUGCGGGCUCCACAACAACGGAGCGCGUCCCAGAACUACGGCGCCGCGCGGCAGAAGCGCAACGAAGCUGGUGCUGAUGGUGGCUUGAACGAUGAAGAUUUACUUGAGGUCGAGGCGGUGACGCCGCGCGUCUCCGUCCUGGUACGGGACCCGGAACAAGUCAUUGCGGUCUGCGCCUUCGCUUCUCACUCAGAUCUGGUCGACGAGGUCGUCCUCGACUUCCUGGAAAUGACGAACUAUCAGGCGUCCAUCGACGUCGUGAGAGAAAGCGGUCUGCGCGCGGUCGUCGCCGCGCCACGCAUUACUUUACCAGGCGAGCGCGGUCUGGACGGCUUGAUCGCCCUAAAGCCGGACGCUUUAUUAGCUAGGUCGCCCGGGCAACUCCAAAGCUUAAAUAGGGGGCACGGCGGCGUGGAGAUCCGAGGCGACUUUUCAUUGAACGCUGCGAACGCGGUGUCCUUCGCUGCGUACGCGGACGAAGGUCUUGAGAGACUAACCCCAGCACACGACCUGUCUGGUUCGGCUAUAGCGUCUCUCGCGCGAAACUUGUCGCCGCAACGACGCAUGAAGCUGGAGCCGGUGCUCCACCAACAUUUACCGAUCUUCCACUCGUCUCAUUGUCUAUAUGCGCGAUAUCUGUCGAAGGGUAAUUCGUAUGCGGACUGCGGCCACGUCUGCGAGCGGCACAAGAUCCAUCUACAGGACGAAAACGGCCAGGACCAUCUGGUGCUCGCGGACCUGGGCUGCCGGAACACGGUCUUCAAUGCCCAAGCACAAAGUGGCGCGGAUACGUUGGCUGACUGGCUCGAGGAAGGCAUUGCUCGGUAUAGGAUCGAGUUCGUCGAUGAGAAUGGAGAGAGUGUGCGGAACGUGCUCGGGGCCUACUCUGACUUGUUUGCCGCGAGAGGUCGAGCACCGGAGCCGCUCUGGAGCCUGUUGUCCGGCGUCGAGGAUUCCAAUGGAAACGCGCAAGGGGCGUCCGUCGGUUCGCUGCGAAGCGAGAAGGAGCGCAAGGCGGGGAAAGGUAGGAAAACGACGGGCCAGCGGCGCUCUCACAAGGUCGUCGUGCGGCGGGGGAAUGACGCGACGCCUCGCCGGAAAAAGGCGAAGACUCGCUAAAAAUGUUUCGUGUGUGUUU